AUGUUAGCCAAGAUCGUCACGCUGGUGCUGGUGCUGUUCCUGUCGCAGCUUGCACUCUGCGCAGAAGAUUACUACAAGAUUCUUGGCGUCGAUAGAUCUGCCAGCGAGAAACAAUUAAAGACGGCCUACCGUCAAUUGUCCAAAAAGUUUCACCCAGACAAGAACCCGUACGCCCAUCAUCCCCUAGCAACGUCUAGUGGUGAUGAUACCGCGAAAGAUAAGUUUGUUUCCGUAUCCGAAGCCUAUGAAGUCCUGAGCGACGCCGAAACCCGCCAAAUCUACGAUCGACACGGCCACGAGGGUGUCCAGAAUAAGCGCAACGGAGGUGGCAGUGGCGGCGAUCCCUUUGAUCUCUUCAGCCGUUUCUUUGGCGGCCAUGGCCAUUUUGGCGCUUCCCCUGGCGAGCCUCGCGGACACAACAUCGAAGUCAAGGUCGAAAUCUCCCUCCGCGAUUUCUACAACGGUGCGACGAGCGAGUUCCAGUGGAACAAGCAACACAUAUGCGAGACCUGCGAGGGUACCGGAAGCAAAGACAAGCAAGUCGACCACUGUGCGACCUGCAACGGCCACGGUGUGCGCAUCGUCAAGAAGCAGCUUGCCCCCGGCAUGUUCCAGCAGAUGCAGAUGCGCUGUGACGCCUGCGGCGGACGGGGCAAGACGAUACGCCACGUAUGCCCAACGUGCCAGGGCAUGCGCGUCGAAAAGAAACCGACCACAGUGACGCUCAAGGUUGACCGCGGCGCCAAGCGCGACUCUCGCGUUACCUACGAAAACGAAGCUGACGAGAGCCCUGAUUGGGUUGCGGGCGACUUGCUCGUCACAUUGGCCGAGAAGAGCCCCUCGCCGGAGGACAACCCCGACCACGUCGACGGUGUCUUCUUCCGUCGCAAAGGGGACGAUUUACACUGGACUGAAGUCCUCAGCUUACGCGAGGCCUGGAUGGGUGGCUGGACGCGCAACCUGACGCACCUCGACAAGCACGUUGUCCGACUGGGUCGCGAGCGGGGGCAGGUGGUGCAAAGCGGCCAUGUCGAGACGGUCACGGGCGAGGGCAUGCCCAAGUGGCACGAAGAUGGCGACUCCGUCUACCACAAGCACGAGUUUGGGAACCUCUACAUUACGUACGAAGUGGUAUUGCCCGACCAGAUGGACCAGGCCAUGGAAAAAGACUUUUGGGCGCUGUGGGAAAAGUGGCAUAAGAAGCAGGGUGUCGAUCUGUAUAAGGACAGCGGGCGGCCGGGGCACGAUGAACUGUAA